CGGGGACCGGCCGAGGAUGGAGCUGCUCCCGGUGCCGCUCCUGAUGCUGCUCACCACAGUCCGGGGCCAAGGCGUCUACGCUCCAGCGAAUGCUCGCAUUGUUCACGCUGGCCAGGCUUGCGUGGUGAAAGAUGACCACAUCAGUGAACGAGUGUACACCAUCCGAGAGGGGGGCACCUUGGUACUAGUCUGCCUAGUAACUGGGCACCCCAGGCCCCAGGUGAAAUGGACGAAAACCGCGGGCAGUGCGUCGGACCGUUUCCAGGAGACCACGGUGUUUAACCAGACGCUGCAGAUUACCCACAUCCUGCGGAUUCAGGGAGGUCGUUACUACUGUAAAGCAGAGAAUGGCAUUGGAGGGCCUGCUAUCAAGUCCAUCCGAGUAGAUGUACAAUAUCUGGAUGAACCUCUCCUGACGGUCCACCGGAGUGUGAGUGAUGUCCGAGGGGAGAAUUAUUACCGGGAGCGAACUGUCCAUCUCCGCUGUACCGUCAACUCCAACCCUCCUGCACAUUUCACCUGGAAACGGGGACAAGACACCAUCACACAGAAACAAGACGAGGGGGUCGAUAUAUAUGAACCCCUUUACACACAGGGAGAGACCAAAAUCCUCAAGCUGAAGGAUCUGAGGCCCCAGGAUUAUGCCAACUUCAGCUGCUUGGUGUCAGUGAGAAAUGUCUGCGGGAUCCCCGAUAAAGCCACCUCCUUCAUGUUGAAGAACACCACAGCCCCCCCUGUGCUCUCUCUCUCUGUCCCUGAGGUGUUGGUGGUGGAUCCCGGAGCUGAUGUGGAGAUUCAGUGCCGUGUUGAUGUGGGAGAUCCCGUUCCCAUUCUCUGGUGGACACACUCACCAGGACCAAUGCCAACCAACGCCAGGACGGAAGGGGGCAAGCUGUGGAUCCAGGGGAUCAGCCCCCCACAGGCUGGAUAUUACAACUGCUCCGCUCGGAAUGGGGUCGGCAACGAGGCCAAGAAAUCCGUGGAAAUCCGAGUCAGGGCUCUGUCUAACGGAAGGUUCUGGAUCACUCCGGAUACGUUCCACGAUGAUGAGAAGAUCCAGUUAAACCGUGAGGUGAAGGUAUCGUGCCAGGUUGAGGCGGUGCCCCAGGAUGAGCUGACCUACACUUGGUAUAAAAACGGGAAACCGCUCCGAGCCAGUAACCGGAUCAUCAUCUCGAGGAAUGACCCGGAAUUCCAGGCCGGAACCAGCAGCUUGGACAUUAUCGACAUGAGGUUCUCAGACUCAGCCACGUACACGUGUGUGGCCUCAUUACACACCCAGGCUGUACCUGACAUCAGCAUCGAUGUCAACAUCUCCACCAACAUCGUGCCCCCCUCCCUGGAGGUAGUGCAGGACUCGGUGCAGGUUACUGAGGGCUCUGUGUCCGAGCUGAAGUGUGUGGUCAGUGGGAAGCCGCGGCCUGUGGUGCUGUGGUCUCGGUUGGACAAGGAGCAGAAGCAGGGGGUCCCGCUGCCCCAGCUGGACGGUCUGGAUGGGACCCUGCGCUUGGAGAACGUCUCCCGGGGCAUGAGUGGGACGUAUCGAUGUCGGACCGGACAGUACAACAGCCUGAACGUCAAACCACGGGAGGGGACCAUCCAACUGAACGUCCUGUAUCCUCCGACUGUCGAACCCCAGUACGACGAUGUGCGCCAGAGACUGGGUGGAGCAGUCACUCUGAGCUGUAAAAUGGUCAGCGGUAACCCACUGCAAGUCACCUCAGUCACCUGGACAUUCAACGGGAAUCCACUGGAAACACCAGCCUCAGACCCACAGCUCGAGUCCGUGAGGCAGAUUAACCGGCUCAUAGCCAAACAAUACGGCAUUUACCGGUGUGUCCUCAGCAACGAUAUCGGAUCAGGAACCUGUCUCUUCAAUCUGAGUGGACGGGCCUAUCCACCUGAAUUUUAUUAUGACACUCCGAACCCAGUGAGGAUCCAGAAACCUAAUCUUUACCUGUUCAUCCUGCAGUGGACCCAGAGACUACCAUACGCUGUGGGUAAUGUCCUGCAAUAUAGACUCCACAUCCAGCAAGAGGGUGGGAGUGGAUUCUGGAUGGGACCCCAGACCAUCAGUGUUAACGGGAGCCUGGAGGUGGGCUCGCUGCUCACGUACACAGUCAGUGGGCUGCGAAUUCCUCACAGUUACACCCUCCAGCUCACCCCCAUAACCAAGUACUGA